AUGUCACCUAUUCCAGAGGGGCCACCGUCGGAUGCUAUAAAACCUGCGCAUCAACCUUUUCCGGAAAGUAUCGCGCGAAUUCAAAAGGUAAUUGCAUCAUUAGAAAAUGCAAAACGUUUACUUCGUGUGCAGGCUGAUUUAACAACUGAAAUGGAUGAAUCGUCACUGUUACCAGAAAAUUAUAUAAAAACAACACAUAUUUUUGAUGGUAAAACCGCAGAGCGAGAUAUUGCGAUUUUUCAACUUUGUGAUAUAACAGACUCGUUAAUGAGAAGUCUUAUCGAUUCUCCUGAUUCCGUACAGGAUACUUGUACCGUUAAUGGUCAUUAUAAAAGAAGUGUGGUGCAGAAAAUGCGUAAGAUAAUGAGAAAAAAAUUUAAGGCAUUGCUUGAAGGUACGGUCAUUGAUGAUAAAGAAUUUGAAGAUCUGCUGCAUGAAAAUUGUUCGGAAAAUGAUGAUGGAGUUGAAGAGGAGGAAGAAGAAGGUGACCCUUCUGCAAACAGGGUCGAAGAGUUGAUGCGUGAUUUACAAGGUGUAAAAGACCAAGUUGAAGGUGAAUUAAUGCAAGACGAAGAAGGAAAUUUAUACGAACUCGAUGAAUUGAAUGAAUAUGAUGAUAUAUUUGGUGACAAUGACAGCGAAUUUACUGAAGAAGAAGCUGAUUAA